AUGGCCAUCCUGAACUCGUUUAUCACCGAUGUCCCCGAGCGCAUCGGUACGCCCUCCCUCUACUUCUUCUUCUUCGUCGCGGGUCUAACUUUGGCCGCAGUGUUGAGGCAGGUGCACCCUGACAAGGGUAUCUCCAAUGAGGCCACGGCCAUCCUGAACUCGUUUAUUAUCUUUGAGAGCAUCGCGUCGAGGCAGGUGCACCCCGGUGCGGGUAUCUCCAAGGCCACGGUCAUCCUGAACUCAUUUGUCAAUGACAUUGUCGAGCGCACUGUGAUGACGAUCCAGCGUCGAACCGCGGCCAGUCGUACAAUCGGUAUGCAACGCGCUACGGGUCCAUGA